AUGAGUGCUUUAAUGCUAAAAGAUGUUUUGGAACAAUGCGGAGGAUUUAGACAAUUUGGAGGAUUUUUAGCCGAAGAUUAUUUUUUGGGACAAGCAUUUGCUAGAGCUGGAUAUCGAAAUGUUAUUUCUCAUAUGCCAGCACUACAGAAUUCUGCAAAUACCUCACUUUUUACUUUUCAAGAACGAAUAUGCCGGUGA